CAGCUCAUCACGCGGGUCAUUGCAGUCUGCUUUAUAUUCAAGAAUUUCGUGAACCUGAUGACAAGUUACAAGUUUGAAGAAUUCUUUAUCGUUUUCGAUGAUGCCCUUGAGUGUGGACGGAUGGCACUGAGCUAAGAAUUCACGGUGUUAUCGCCUGUAGACGAGGUCAGUUCUGAGAAACUUCUUCACAGACUUGUUUUAUUCAUUGAGAGUGAAAUCAUAUUGUGCAACAUCACUAUGAAUUUUGGCUGAGUGCAAUAUUGCGGUAAACAUCUACAUGCCAACAAUUUUGUAUGCUCGAAGAGGAGCUCGACUCAAACCUGUUAUCUCUUGAGAUUUGUUUAGCGACGGUGGGUUUUCAAAAAUCAUUUCUAUAGAUUUCCUAGAAGUGCCCAAAACGUUAAACUCAGCCGCAUUGAAAUCCAAUGUAGUACUAAAUCGGAAAUCAACACAGACGUAUUGUUGCUUAAAAGUUAAUAAUAUAAAUAUUAAGUUUUGUCGUAAAACAUUUAAGACUUAAUUGAAGCUUUUUUGUGGUUACAUUUUCAGGCAGCUGUUUCAUGAAAAUUCUUUGGAUUAUGGGCUUAUAUUAUGACCGUUCAGAGUAUAUAGCAACUAAACUAGCAUCAGGCUGCAGUUGUGAUUGGGUUGAUUCAGAACAGAUUGAUUGUUCUAUGAAAGUGACUGUAUGUUAGUCAUGUCCGGACAAGCUUUGUAACAGACUUCAGUAUCGAAUAUACAAGGCACUUCAAAGGAUCUAAAAAGCAGUUUCCUGGCUUAAAAUGGCCGAUGUGGAAAUGGCAAACGUGACUAAUGGGUCUACGACUAGAAUACGAGUUGUGACACGCAACGGGUCAACCAGCAACAAGACCGCAACUAAUAAACAUUCCUUGUCCGAUGACAAGGAGUCUUCUACAGACGUCCCACACGAACUCUCAGAUGACCUAAAGCUAGAAUCAGUCGAUAUAAGUUUGAUUCAGCGGAGGACUUACUUACUUUCCGCCGGAAUUGGGGACACUAAUCGGUCUUUCAAUCGUUUCAAAGGUUGGAUCGGUCUCGUAAUAUGGAUCUUCAAUAUGGUCAUUCACUUCGGUUUGGAUUUUUACGAGGCGGUAUUUGUGUUUGAAGUGUCUUGGGCAACAUGUAUUGGUGUGUUUCUAAUAACGCUUGUAGCUUGCUGUUACUCCAUGAUAAGGCAUUCUGUUCCAUGGUUUAUUAAGGGGGUGAAAAAACUCAAGAGAGAUGGACAUUAUCCCAAGACUCUAAAACGUGUUUACCUUAUAUUCAAGGUAAGUAUGUGUCCAUUGUCGCCAAUGUUCUAAUCCCCCACUGUUUGUAGUUUCCUUAAUGAAAUUGUUUGGUAUUUUAUCAGAUUCUUCUCAAAACGUUUAGAGGGCCAAUAACUGUGAGAUUAUAUCAAUCACAAUCACACCCCUGAUGUAUCCAAUUCUUCGCGUUAUCCAUCCAACUGCGCAUUUAUUUUAAAUUCAUUUAUAUCAAAUUAGAUACCGGGUUUGCUGGAUUUGCUCCCUAUGCGAUUAUCUCUAGGAAAUGCAAAUAAAUCCAGGAAUAGCCCGAGUGUAUAUAUAUUUUGAGGAUCCUUUUAUCGCUUCCAACCUGUUCCCCACCGAUAUCUAAUCAAAUACAUUGGCCUCGCGGUUUUUAAUUUCUGCAUUAUCCUGAUCUCAGAAUUUACUCUUAUUCUUUCUAUUCGUACAAACUAAAACGUUUUACACCUCAAUUUUUUUGGAGAGGAGCUAAGAAGAAAGAAAUCUUUGCGAUCUAGUAGGUAUUCGAUCCCCGAGGUUUCUCAGAGUGAACGCCGUCUCAUGUAGUCUCUGAAAUGAUUUAUUUCACGGUUGUAUGUCUAAAAAUUUUUUUUAUUGUCCUCUUUUUAUCUAUUGAAUCAAUGAAAAAGAGGCUACCUACAGUUGUUUUUCAUUUGUGAGUGAUUAACAGAAACCAACCGAACGGAGGAGACAAUUACCUCUCUUUUGUAUCAAUAAAAAUAAAAUUUGAGGCCUUCAGGAGUUAUGGUUCGUGGAAACUAUAUUUAAUUGAAGUAAAAAAAAAAUUGUUUUGAACUGCAUGUUAAAAAUAAGACACUGUUUUCGUUUUAUGAAAACCCUGAUGGAAAACAUUUUUAGGUUUCAUUUCCUUGUCGAAAAACAAUAAUUGUUAACUUUUGCGAUGAGAUAUUCAUUUUCAGAAAGUCCGUACGUCUGUCAGUGAUUCUUUUAUAGCAGUUUGUUUCUUGUAUUUGAUUUGUUUGAUUUGAGUACUAAGUCCCCAUGACACGGAAACUCCAGGUUGUCAACCGACAAGAAUGCUUCACACUGUUUCAGGCUGACGUUUUGUUUGAUUAAGAAAACUAAUUAGUAAGAAAGUUUCCUAGGCAACCUUGGGUCGGAAGAUAAUUGGCAAUUAUUGUAUUGGGCUUUCGUAUGAUGUGAAGAAUUAUGUAGAUCGACUAGGAGAUUAGUCUGCUACACAGCCGUUUUUAGUGUCGUCACGCAACGCUCCUCCCCACAGUGGGGAGGAGCGUUGUGUGACGACACUAAAAACGGCUGUGUAGCAGACUACUAGGAGAUAGCCUGUGUACAGGCCCCCCCCUCCCCUCAGUAAAAAUCGCAAAAGGGGAAGGGGGGAGGGGGGUCUGCACACAGGCUACUAUGAGGGUGUUUCGGCCUCGGCGGAUAACACCCAACCUCCGAGAUCUGCAUAAUUCUUCAGAUCAUUCUUAAGCCAAAUCCAUUAGUUGUUUUUCUAAUUCAUCCAAAAUAUUUAAUACCUUAAAACAUACUUGGAGGCGAUGUUAAGUUCCCGCCUUCAUUUGCCUGCCGCUUGGCAAACUCAGGUUGUAAGCGGAUGUAAAGUCUAGUUAGUCUAACAGAUAUCCUGUCCUCUCAAUAGCAGUUAUUAUCGUUUCGUUUUUGCUAUCACUUUUUCGCAAAACAUGUAAAAAUUUUCUACGCGCAUUUUCUUCAUUAAAACAGCUGAGCUACUGCUACCUCGUCCUUGCAAUAGCCUGGACUAUUGACGUCAUUUUACCGGAUAUCGCAAAACGUCUUCAAAUAUGAUCAACGCUAACUGGUUAUAAAGCCUAGCCGUGGGAUUUGAGCCAAACAGAAGCGGCGAAACGGUGAAAGGAAGAGGAACGCGCUUACCGAGAAGUGCCGGAUUUCUCCCUUCCCUUCGGAGCUCCUUUCGCGCGGAUCACAGUUAAAUCAUAAAGGCUUGUGUAUCUGUAAUUGGAUGACUUAGUGCAAUGUAGCCUGGACUGUUUUUGGGUUACUCGUUCCCAAAUUCUCUAUUUAUAUUAGUUGUCCACUUAACUGGUGUUUAUACUUGUGCCGGUUUUCAAAUUGCUUUUUUUUUUAUCAGUUUAUGCCUAUAGUUGUGGUUAUGUUUGCCAUGGGUGCAGCUAUGGGUCAGUUUGGAUGUUACGCUUAUGAUGGAGCUCUCAAACUCAGCUUCUCCAAGCUGUCGAAUAAGACUGGAGUCAUGAUUCCUACUGGAAUUGACGUGCUGUUCAACAUUCUCAGAGCAACAAGCCUGUUCCACAUCUUUUAUGGAUUUUGUCUGCUACUUGUGUUCCACUUGAGUUUGAUCUUCAUGAUUCAAAGCUCAAUGCGUGAAUUUAACGGUAAGAGAGCUGUUCUCAUUCAAAAUAGUUUAUAGUAUUUUUUUUCUACAGAAAUAAGUAGACAAGGUGUAAUUGAGAUAAAAUAUCUUCUCAGGUUAAACGGCAAAUAUUCAACCUGUUUGUUCAGAAUUUCUUUUGUAUCCUAGCCUUAAUUGUCCAUAUGAACUAAAGUAAAUUCCUGGCUUUACCUGGGAACGGCGAAAGAUCAGCGGCAUGUAUUAUUUAGUGGGGAGGGGCGACCUCACAUUUUCCUUCUCUAAUCACUCCUCUUCGGUCCGUUCCUACGAUCUGAACAGCUGGAGCAGGCUUCUGGAUUGCCCAACUGUCCACUGAUUUCUUUGCAGGAGGGUGUUUUAAACCCCUAUACAGUCGAAUCUCCAUGUGCGGCCACUCCUCGCAAGCUAUCACCUCCUAUAAGCGACCACCAAUCCAAAACACCAAAUUUUUACGAGCCAAAGCCUCACAGUUGGAACCUCUAGUAAACGACCACCUCCUGUAAGCGACCGCGACCACUUUUUGGGCCUUACGGUUAAUGAUUUUCCAUUGUUUUUAACCUCUUGUAAGCGACAACUUGACGCAUUCUCUGAUCUCUAUGUUCGCUAUGUCCACUAUGCUACUUAGAUUAUACGAAGAACUUUAGUGGCAACAUGGAACUACACAUGUCUUAACUUAGACAUUGCAUGCAAUAAGUCAUCUUCCAUAAAGUAGAUGUGCCUGGACCUCUUCUCGGAAGACUGGGGGCCCUGUGGUUCGAUUCUUGUAAGCGACCACUCAGUCUUUGCAUUUCUGGUCAGUGGUCGCUUACGCGAGGUUCGACUCUACACACAAAAGUUUAUGGCCUAAUACUUAUAACAUUUUGCCUUUUUCCUGCCCGCCCCUAGCAUGCUUCAGGCCCCCAGAUAGUGUAGGGAAGACGCGAAGGUGAAAGGCACGCGAAAAGUUGGCGGGGAGGGAAAAAAGAAUCGAAGGGAUAGCACCCGACCGUCUCGGCGUAUGGAACAGGCUAGCCCGCCUCAAGACCCCUCGUAUUUCCUUACCUUAAAGAGUUGCUAUUAAUAACGGGGUUACCUGAAAAAUAAUACCAUCAGGUUUUGCUAAAAUAGGCACCUGAAACGGCUUCGUCUUUAUUUGCCAUCAAGUGCAAAACCGUUUUCCUGCCAUGAAGCACACCUGUCUGGUGAGACAGUUGAAUUUCAUUUUUAACUUUGAUGUUCUCAUAUUACUUUUCGCUUCAGAUCGGAUGGGUAAACUUUUCCGUGAAAAUCCAAUUCAGGUGGCUUUUCCCGAAGCUGUCAAUCUUUUCUCUGCUCGCGCCAAGUUUGUUCGUGAAGGAAGCCAGAAGAGCACGGUACGUUAUUGAGUUUGCAAGUGCGUAGAUUAGAACUUUAUUGGUGGGUUCACCACGGGAUGCAAAAUUUGCAUUUGAGCAGUUACCAGCAUCUUACAAACAACUUAUUGACCAACCCCAAGCAAAAAUCGAGAACAAUGGACUAACUGGACAAAAACCGACAAUUUGACUAGAAAUAAAAUGACGUAUAUUAUAGUACAUUUAGAGUCUUUACAGCCAAGGACGUCACGGAACUUGAUUGACCAAGUAGGUCAACAGCUAGCUCGAAACCUUUCGAGCUAACGUAUAUUUUAGUAUCAAUUUUGUAUUUUCUUACACAGGUUGUUUAUCUCAACAGGUUGUCCUUACCACUCUUCUGGUUGCCUGCAGUACUUCGUUUGUUCUGAAUGCGUACAACUUUUUGUUCUUAAAGCGGUUUGCUAUUUAUGUGUGGUUCGCCAUAGCACCUCUUAUCUGGGUGGUGUGUCCGCUUACUGGAGCAGCUUGGGUAACGAAGACUUACUUGAGGUACAAGCUGGUGGUGGUUAACGCAUGGGUUGAUAUCCCUGAGGUAUGCUAUGGAUGACGUUUGUUCAGUAAAGUGCCGGAAAAGAUAAGCAAGCCUUGAUGACCGGUCUAUAUCACACUCGUAUCCAAUCGCUAUUUAUGUGUUUUGGGAGUGAGAGAAGAUUGGGGUUAGGCGCGCGUGGGGUCUCAUGGGAAGGGAAGAAGGAAAAAUAGCGUCGCCCGCACGCGCCUCAACCUAACCCCCAAUCUUCUCUCAGCCCCAAAACACAUAAAAAGCGACUGGGUACAAGUCUGGGUCUAUAUGAUCUUCAAAAGCUCGUAGUACUCGCAAACAGGGAGUUUCUUGUUGGAGAUGGUGCUGCCAGCACAUAUGAUCCAACAGGGAAGUCUGAAAAGUCACUGACCAAAUCCCACAACACAAUAACUACCAACAACAGUUUCCGCAAGGAGAACCGCAUUCUCCGUACGACUCCAGCACCACCCCACGUCAAGCUAAAGCAGAGGUCGGCAGAGGUGUGGAACCUUUGAGAUUUCCUACAAUUUGUAGGUCGUGACUUCACUACAAUGCAAAAAUUGGAAGUGAGGUUUUCGAGUAAUGCUCGUUCUUGUUUGAUUACAUGACGAUCAGUCUGAGUCCUUUUCCGAAGAUCUGAUUUUGAAGUAUCCAUCCAAGUCAAGGCCGUGAUUUGCAGGGCUACGUCUUGCGAUAUACAAUGCAAGCCUGCUUUUGUGGCGGUUUAUUCCCACGUAACAUGUUCCCUUUUGGUCGCAAAGGGCCGGCGGUUUUUUUGGAUAACUAUACUUACGUUUUUACUUUUAUCAAUGCUUGCAGGAACACGAACUUGAAGCGUUAGCGCAUGACUAUCUACAUCAGUCACAUUCGGACACUCGCUCCAGGUCGCCAUCACCGAUAAGGGCCAGGAGGGGUGCUCCUAGUGAGGAGAAAAUAAGGUCCAAAGAAACGCCUGAUAAGAAAGACGCGGUGGGAUUUAAGAAUAAAGGCUUUACAAACGAUGACUGCAAUGUAGCUGUUAAAACAGAGGCCAAAAAAGCUCCAAAUUCGAGGUAAUAAUUCCAUGAGGGAAUACUCUUAUUUUUAAUAAUUUUCGCUAGAAUCGCAAAACUGAAAAUUUAACACGCGGACUUUCAUACCCUGCAUCAUAGUUUAUUAGUCUACAUCAAUGUCAGUGUACUAUAUUGGCUAGUCCACGUUCUGUUUUACAGUUUUUGCGUGCGAGCUCUCUUCGCCUGAAUCAAGGUCCUACUCUUACGGCAAGGAGUUCUUGUAAGAUAUCAGUGGCGCAGCUGUCAAGAACACCUUCCGGUAAACACGUCUUUCACACAUCUGUUUUUAAAAUAUUUCAGGAAAAACAGUGAGAUAUCCAUACAUUUCUCCGCGGACGAAAGAGCAUCAAAACUGAAACGAGGAUCAUUACGAGGCACAACUCUCAAUAAAACACCGAAGAUUUUACUUACAGAUUACGAUCAGGUUAAUGAAAACGCCGUUUCCUCUCAGACAUUGAAUCUCAGGAGAUCCAAAAGCGAAUCUUCCUUGACAGAUGUUGAAAAAGUUGACAAAUAUCUAGGGAAUCAGGAAGUGGCUCUAAGCGGAAGCUCAUCCAGCGAAAACGUCCCUGACGUGGUGAGAAUAGACAUAGAGGGAUCUCAGUCUUCGGAAAACCCAUCUCAAGCCACUCAGGGAACUCUUGUUUCCAGUGGCACUUUGACUUCCUCGUACAAGUCUACCUCGUUUAGCGAUUCCACUGAUCGCCAUACGAGUUCCGAUGGCGAGCGGGUUGCGGAAAAAUUGACAGUGCCUUCUCGGGAUGAAAGUGCCCAGAAAAAAGGCGAAAGCCAAGAUUCUCUACCCAGAGUAAACUUUUUAACUGGUAUGGCGAAAACGUUUCAUCAAUGGCGAACAAAAACGAAGAAGAAGCGUAAGUUUAACUACGAAAAGUACAUUAUCUAUUUGGAGAGUAUUUUGCCUACAGUGGGAUUUUCAAUCGGUGGAGUUAUCAUUACUUUCAAUGGAAUUUAUACUUUUAUUGUGGUUUUAACAUUUUUAGUCGGGGUCUUCGCUCAAGAAGCUUUUUUUGGAAAUUAAUAAAAAAGUAGGUUCAUGAAGAUUUGAUUAAGUUUGAUGAUACAAACA